ACCCUCCAUCGCGGCACGCCCGAUUCAGAUCCGCUCCUGGUCCGUCGUUCCUUGCUUCUUGCUUCAACAGUGCUUGAACGGAGCAAGGCAGCGGCCGCCCCCCAUCUUCCUCCAUUCCUUAAACUUGCCAGCUCAUCCGCACGACCUCCAUUUCCGCCAUGAGCUCCCAGAUCCGCCAGAACUACCACGCUUAUAGCGAAGGUGGGGUCAACAGCCUGGUGAACCAUUUCCUCCGUGCCAGCUACACCUACCUGUCCUUGGGCUUUUAUUUCGACCGGGAUGAUGUGGCUCUGUCCAAGUUCUCCAGCUUCUUCCGGCACCUGUCUGAGGAGAAGCACGAACAAGCUGAGAAGCUUUUGACCUUCCAAAACCGUCGUGGCGGCAGAGUUGUCCUGCAGGAUGUCAGGAAACCAGAGCAGGAUGAAUGGAAGGAUGGAGCUGCUGCCAUGCAGGUUGCCCUUCACCUGGAGAAGAGCGUGAACCAGGCUCUACUGGAUUUGCACCAAGUGGCUUCCCGCCAAUCUGAUCCCCAUAUGUGUGACUUCCUGGAGACUCACUACCUUGAUGAAGAGGUGAAGCUGAUCAAGAAACUGGGAGACCAUGUGACCAACCUGACGCGUGUGCGUGCCCAGGAUGAAGGCCUCGGCGAGUACCUCUUUGACCGUCUGACUCUGGGCGAGUCCAGCGACUGAGCGAAGAGCAGCUCCCGGCUUCCUCCCAACAUCUGCAGCCUUAUCCAGAUGUGUUUCGUUUAGCCUGUAACCAAAGCUGGCUGCUCCAGAAAGAAAGAAAACAGCUCUUGUGCCUCUGCCCAUUCUCUGUGUUGGGAGAGUCUGUAACUGGCAUUAAAUAAACCUGGCAUUAAGCACUA